GUUGGAUAGCAACAACUUCGGAGGUCCCCAGCUUGCAGAGGGAGACGUGGAAGUGAGUGGAGCCGGGCGGUCCCGAGCACACUAGGGGAAGUCGUGCUACCCCGGGGAGUUAGCGUCUGCUCUAGAUUCAACCCGGCACCACCAUGUCGAAGGUUUCCUUUAAGAUCACGCUGACGUCGGACCCACGGCUGCCGUACAAAGUGCUCAGUGUUCCUGAAAGUACACCUUUCACAGCAGUCUUAAAGUUUGCAGCAGAAGAAUUUAAAGUUCCUGCUGCAACAAGUGCAAUUAUUACCAAUGAUGGAAUAGGAAUAAAUCCUGCACAGACUGCUGGCCUUGCGGUUGAAAUUCAGCCAUAGAGAAAAUGAAGAGUGAUUUAAAAUUGCAAAUUUUUGUUACUUCAGUAGUUUUUAAUAUAUAAUUUUAUUAAAAAGGUUUGUUGAAAAUCGUGAGGCACUUUAUUGUAUGGAUGCCUUUAAUCUGAGUAGAGAAAGGUUUCUUUUUUUCUUAUUCGAGAAACUUUCGGUAUUUUACAGUAGUUUGAAUUACUGCUAACUCUAACAUACUGCUUGUUAUAUUAUCUUUAAAAAUGGAAUGUGCGUAUCAUUGAUAUGAAGAAAAUCUCAGCAGGCAAUGGACCCCAAAUAUGUCAGGGUAUCUAAAUUUUUGUCACUUGUAGUAAUUUACAUUUUUUUUCCUGUCCUGAGAUAUAUUAUUGUGUAUUGAAGGAAGUAUUCAUGAUUAAAUUAUUCACAUUGUUACUUGCUGAAAGUAUUUGUCAGCAUUUUCAUGUCUGGCGUUAUUUUAAAUUUUAAGCCUGUGUUAGAUUGUGAAGAUACGAGAAUAGGAGCAAGACUUAAAAAGCAUGGCAUUGGGGUCUCAUGAUGCUUGAGCUUUUGUACCUAUUUUACUGUUUACUAAAUUAUUUAUUAUAUUUAAUAAUUGUCAGAAUAUUAAGAUAACUUGAUUUUUAGAUACCUAACUUUAUAUUUUGUUUGUUUGUAUAGGAAAUGUUUUUCUAAAACAUGGUUCAGAACUGCGGAUUAUUCCUAGAGAUCGUGUUGGAAGUUGUUAAUAUCUGCUACUUGGAACAUACGAUUUCCUUUCAGAAUAAAUAUUGGUAUUUUUUGUUGUUGUAAAAUUGAAAUCAAGCAUUUAACAUAUUAUGAAAACACCAAGAGUAGGGGACUCAUCUGUCCCUUUUUGUUGUCCAUACUCUUCCUAUGAAGAGGGAAUGCGUAUGAAUUAAGGCUACUACGGUCACAGAAGAUCGUGGUCUUUGAUGCUACCUCACAACACAAACAGGUAGUUCGUUGGGGGCAAAUGAUUUAGCCAACUGUUAACUGGAAGCUUUUGAUAAUUUUUUUUUUUUAGAACGAUUUGGAACAUUAAAAUUUACUGAAUCAUAUAUAUUCGUCUGAGUUAAAAAUAUAAAAAGAAUUAUGGACCCUGGAUGGCAAUUUGCUUGAUAGCAUCUGAUUUGCAGACACAUAAUUUGAUUUUUAGUUAAAUAUAUAGGUUAUGAUGAAGUGAAUAGACAUAUCAGUGAACAGUUAACUAUAUUUUAUCAUUUCCUUUUUUUAAGAUUCCAACCUCAGUUAUAUAAAUUUCAGUUUAAUAUCAACCAAACAAUUAAAAUUUUAAUGUAACCCUUAUGUGUGUAAAUUGAUGUCCCAAACCAGCUUUUAAUGGUGGACUUACAGAAUCCAGUACUUUUAAUGGUGGGAAUUUUCAAUACAGUAGAAGCAUCCUUUGCUGAGUUAUACAUUCCUUUAUCAAUCUCUUUUGAUACAACAUUUAAAACAAGCAGCUUCAAGAAACCAUUGGUGUUUUGAGGAUAAUAUUUCUAAAUAGCAUUCAGGAAGAGAGUAGUAUUACACAGAUCUGAAGAUCAAAAAACAGCUCAAGGAAAUGCAGAUCGGAAGUGCUGAUGAGUUAUAUUUAUUGAAAACUCAACUUUUAAGGAAGUGCUAAGAUCAGUCACUCAUGUGAAUAAGAAGUCAGGAAAGGAAAGAUGGAGAAGCCCAGAUCACCAGACUUCUGUGAAGGAGGAAAGCAACAGAGGAAAACAGUGGAAGGGAACAGAAAGGGGUAGCAAAGUGUUACAGAAAAGCCAACUGGAUAGACAAAACUGCAGAAGGUGUAUGUUGGGGAGAACUGAAAGGGAAAACAAAAUACUUGAGAUAGUCUUAAGCAGAAGAAGGCAAUCAGAGAAAACAAAGUGUCUACUGGACUUGUCAACAUACAGACUUCAAGAUAUCCCUUAUGAGAAUCCAAAGAAUGAUGUGUAAAGGAAGAUUUUAUUUGCCCUUCCAGAAGAAAUCAGUAUCUAUGCAAAUCUUGAAAGAUGAAAUCAAAGCUCAUAAUGAUUCAGAAUCAGUGCUUGACCUUCUGUAUUCUGAAUGGUGAACUCUGGAAGCAGGGAUUGUGUCUGGCUCUUUUUAGAGCUGGAAAUGUAGUGGCUUUCAUUAAAUACUUGCUGUAAAGUCUUUCUAAGACCAAUUAUUAUCUUAGCAUGUUUCAGUAUCUUCUCUGUCAUAGACCCUAAGUUCAUUAGGGGGGAAAAAAAAAGAAAAUUCAACAGAAUCCGCAUUUGAAGUGUGCCAUUGGUACUUGUUUAUGAAAUUACCAGAUAUUCAUAAAUGUGACAGAUGAACAGCAGGAUUAUGAAUUAUCAAAGGAAAAAUAUUUGCUGAGGUGAAAAAAUCUGAUAUUUGAGGAAGUUUUUAUUUUUUUUAUUUUCUUUUUGAGGUGGACUCUGUCGCCAGGCUUCUCUUGCCUCAGCCUCCCAAGUAGCUGGAACUACAGGCAUGCGCCACCACGCUCAGCUAAUUUUUGUAUUUUUAGCAGAGACAGGGAGGAAGUUUUUAUUUUUAUAAACAAAAUCUGAUGUUCAGAGGCCCCGUUUUUUACAAUAAAUGUUGAGUCUCAGUUAAGCAGGAAUUUGUGAACACCCAUUUCCUGACUUUUUGCUUUAAUUUAGAUUUUUCUCCACUCUGUUUCUAACACAACAAUUUGCCUGCUGUGUUACAAAAAUAAAUUUAUAUUGUCCUGUGCCAUAAAGUGAUAUAUUUAAUAUUUUUAUUCUUUGGUUUUGAACAUUGUAAGUUCCUAAAAACAUUUUAUUAACUAGACAUUUUGUUAUUAAAUAAAUGUGAUCUGUCAUUUCUUUGUGCAGAAUGAUUUGAAGUAUUUAGUUUAUAUGCAUUAUUGGUUCAUUAUUAAUAUCUAAUGGAAAUAUAUAUUGUUAUAUUGUA